GCUAAGGGAUGAGUGAGUCGGAGCUCGGCCUCUCCCCGGCACGUUCUCAGCUGCUCCUGGUUCAGACCCAGCGAGGGAGCCGUGAGCGAGGCUCACCGUCCCCGGCGUGCAGGAUCCGGGGCUGCUGAGCGCUCGCUCCCGCGUGUCCGGCGCUUGGAGUCCCCGCGGCAGGAGAGGAGUCGGGACACUAGAGCUCCAGGGGCGCCUGUGGGCUCCAGCGCCUCCGGCUUCCCCAGUCCCCUUCAGCUAAAGCCCCAGAGACGUGCUCAGCCCCAGGACCUCUGCGGAACAAGGCUAAGCGCUGCGCAUUGGCUCUGCGGAACAAAACCACGUGCAAGGCUAGGUGUCCCAGGUUCACAACCCCCUAGGGAAGAGAAGCGCUGGAGGGGACUAGCGGCGACCGGCGGCGUGUAGAUGUUCCAUCCCAGGCUCCUCGAGAUCCGGAUUGAGAAGCCACUGCAACUACCAAAAUGGGCAGCAAAACCUUGCCGGCGCCGGUGCCUAUCCACCCUUCCCUGCAGCUCACCAACUACUCCUUCCUUCAGGCAGUGAACGGCCUGCCCACAGUGCCUUCGGACCAUCUGCCCAACCUGUAUGGUUUCAGCGCGUUGCACGCUGUGCACCUGCAUCAGUGGACGCUGGGCUACCCGGCCAUGCACUUGCCGCGCUCUUCUUUCUCCAAAGUGCCAGGCACGGUGUCCAGCUUGGUGGAUGCGCGCUUCCAGCUGCCCGCCUUUCCCUGGUUCCCUCAUGUCAUUCAACCCAAGCCCGAGAUCACCGCUGGAGGCAGCGUUCCAGCGCUCAAGACCAAGCCGCGCUUUGAUUUUGCCAACCUGGCCUUGGCAGCAACGCAAGAAGAUCCGGCCAAGCUCGGUCGCGGGGAGGGCCCAGGCUCCCCUGCAGGUGGGCUGGGUGCCCUCCUCGACGUGACCAAGCUGUCUCCAGAAAAGAAGCCCACAAGGGGACGUCUGCCUUCCAAGACCAAGAAGGAAUUCGUCUGCAAGUUCUGUGGCCGCCACUUCACCAAGUCCUACAACCUACUUAUCCAUGAGCGGACGCACACCGACGAGCGGCCCUACACCUGUGACAUCUGCCACAAAGCCUUCCGGAGGCAAGACCACCUACGAGACCACAGAUAUAUUCACUCCAAAGAGAAGCCCUUCAAGUGUCAAGAGUGUGGGAAAGGAUUCUGCCAGUCCAGGACUCUCGCUGUCCACAAGACGCUACACUCACAGGUGAAGGAGCUCAAACCUCCAAGAUCAAAUGCUAAAUAGAACCUCUGGGUCACAAGGACCCUAGGCCCAGCGGCCCUCUCCUCCAUAGGGACCAGAAGCCUGACUCUGGCGGGCAGCGGGAGAGGCGCUCGCGGGACCUUCCACCUCUCCAACAUUGUCCCCUGGGUCCCUGGCGCACGCGGCACUUCAGAGCCCCGCCCGGGGCCGCGACCCCGACCGUCCCUGCUGCUCCCCUAGGACGCGGCUAAACUCUUGGCCAAAAGGCGGUACUCACGUGGCGGAAGGGAAACUGCAUUAAAAAAAGAACGAAAGCUCCGCGGAGCCGCAGGGGCGCCUCUCCCAGAAGUAUUACUUUUUCUAUUGUUAUUUUAUACGUUUUCUUUUUUAUUUUUGUCUUUGACCAUAUAAGCUUGUAACUCUGACUGCGGAGAGUGAGGGGAGAGGGGAGAGGCAACGAAGUCCUUAGCACUGGCAGCUCCCACCUCCUCCUCCCGCCCCUGCCCCCACCCCCGGAGCCUGCAAAAGUGUAAUCCCUGUAUCUGCUUCAGCCUCCCGCCCUAGGGGCCGCGGGGCAGCCCCCUCCCAGCUCUUGCAGCUCAGCUGGCGGCCGUGGGCUCCGGGACUCGGAGAGCGGGACGGGGACCUCGGGCCUGGGGUCUGCAGGGGGCCCGGCCUCCGCUGCCGCGACACUGCGAGGGAGCAGCCAGCCAAGAGCCGGGCGUUAUAUUGCGAUUGGCACUUUAUGCUGACCAUCGGUAACGGACAUUUAUCACUGGAGUUUUUUUUUUUAACUAUUAAAUAAACGGUUAUUUUACAGGCA